AUCCUAAUGAAUAUUUAAUUGCAGGUAACAGAGCUGAGAGUUGGGCCGCUCUGGAGGAGCUGCAUGUCCAGGGUAAGCUGAAGGCCAUCGGAGUGUCCAACUACACACCAGCACACAUGAGGGAACUGAUACAGAGCUGCAAGAUCCCUCCUGCUGUGCUGCAGGUAGAGUUUCACCCAAGGCUUUGCCAGACAGAGCUGAGGAAAGUGUGUGAGGAGUAUGAAGUGUGUUUCCAAGCGUACUCCUCCUUAGGGAAAGGAGAGCUGGUCACUGACUCUGUGGUGCUGGAGGUGUCAAAGAACUGUGAACGCACACCUGCACAGGUCCUGUUGCGCUGGGCUGUGCAACAGGGUGUCCCAGUGCUGCCAAAGUCCUCAAAUCCAGACAGAAUAAAGGACAAUGCCAGGCUUUUUGACUUCACACUGAGUGACACAGACAUGGACAGACUUUCAGCUUUGGACUGUGAACACAAAUAUUGCUGGGAUCCAUCAGAAGUGGUUUGAAAGACCACAUAUUCACAAUGCCUCUUUAAUGUUGCUGUUCUUUAGCUCUGACUGCAAAGACGAAGUGGUGGUAAAGGUGAGAGGUUGGAUAUGGACAACUCAGUUACAUAAUAAUAAAUGCACUGGACUGAUGUGUUCAGAAAUUUGGCAAAUGCUUCUGAGAGUUCAGGAAACCUUUUAGAAAACAUUUACUUAUAAGUGGUCCUUUUAAUUGACACCCAUAUGCCAUGAAAUAUGCAAAGCCUUUUAGGCCUAAAUGUGCUGAAUGUAGAGCAAAACCGUGUCAUAAUUUUAAGACUAUUUCUAUAUUCUUUGGUGCCUCACACUUGAAUUCAUAUGCAAAGUCAGAAUAAAAUAAUAAAAAAACAGAAACAUUGUGUUUAUUAAAUG